GCCGUUUCAACUACUCCAUUCAUUCCUCCCCCCCCAACUUUCAUCUCCCCUCCUUCCCACCCCCCCCCUUCCCCGCAAUGCCAACAGAAGAAACCCCUGGUCUCCAUAAGGAAUCAGCAGAAGCAGAAGCAGUGCCAGAAGGAAAUAGAAUUGACGUGGUCGAGGGCCCACCCGCUCGCUUGUUUUCCUCAUCUCAUGUCCGCAGUGACGGUUUUGGAGACGAUGUCGCUGAGCUGUCGGAUGAAACAGUCGGCCGCCUGCUCAGCGAGGCGGAGGAAAGAAUGAAAUCCUCGUCUAAAACAUUAUCAACGUCCUCUAGCACUAAUCGCAGCAAAACCUUGAUGACAAAAUUCCCAAAGCUCAAUCCCGGCGCUUCUUUGCCAAAGGCACCCAUCAAAUCCCAAGGCGCAGUUUCUAGAAUUUCAGAUCCUUCUCUUCUCGUACCCUCAUCUGAUCGUAAACUUGCGAACACAUCAGCAGCUGCAGGAGGAGUAUCCCUUGUGGAUCCAGCGUUAUCAAAGAAAAGGCUCAAAGAGGACGAGAAAACUGCUGGAUUGAAGUGGUUUGAUAUGCCGCGUACCAACCUGACCCCGGAAUUUAAGCGCGACCUGCAGCUGAUCAAGAUGCGUGGCGUCCUUGACCCCCACCGCCACUACAAGAAGGACAACUCUUCCUUUCCAGAAUAUUCCCAGGUUGGGACCAUUGUGGAAGGAAACGCCGACUAUUUCUCCUCGAGGCUUAGAAAUAAGGAGAGGAAACGGACGAUCGCGGAGGAGGUCAUGGCUGAUGACAGUAGCCGCAAACGAUUUAAGAACAAAUACGAGGAGAUACAGCGCAAGAAGAGGAGUGGUAAGAAGGAGUUCUACAAGAAACUCAAACAGCAACGGAAAAAGUCAUCCGUCUAGUUUCGGAUCAAAUAUCGCCCAUGAAAUUGGCCUGGCCUCUGUUAGACUUUACUUUUUUUUCCCCCCCUUUUUUCAAUUUCUCGGAUGUAUCAAUAUGUCAAGGUCAUGGGUGUUUCGGUUGGCGUUUCUUUGUCUUUGGCGUCCCCCAAGUUCCUCGGCUACACAAGACCAACAGGUUCGGAGGAAAUGACACGAGGGAAUCGCCGUUCCUUGGUAGCCCGCGGCAUCCCCUAAUGUACUCGUGGUACCGGUAGGCAAGAAGUAUUUGGAAACAGGGGUUGUGGAUUUGUAUGGGCGCUCAGAUACCGGUCCUCACGGAUUUUCUGCCAUAUACUCGAGUAUUUUGCGAAUCCCUGCUUUCGGGUACCGUACUACCGUAGCGCAUUACAUUCUCAAAUUUCCCCCAUAUCACAUAUCCUUACCCUUCUCCUCCUCCCCUGGCAAUGCGGAUGCUCUCACGUUGGCCAAGGGUAGUGGAGUGAGUGAGCAAUUGAGGAGUGGAAAGGUUUAAUGAAAAAGGCAAAAUGAAAAAUGAAAUACCAACCAA